UCCGCGGCGGAGGCGGCGGCGGCCGUAGCGGCUGCCUGAGAGUUGUUGUUUCCUCCUCCUCCUCCUCCGCCUCCGCCGCCGUUGCUUGAAUGGUGGAGCCGAGGUUCGGCUCGUGAACACACAGUGACAGCUAUAGGGCAGGCGGCGGCACCAUCCCCGCUUCCCCUCGGCGGCGGGGUGUCCCGCCAGCGGCCCUGAAGUGACCCAUAAACAUGUCUUGUGAGAGGAAAGGCCUCUCGGAGCUGCGAUCGGAGCUCUACUUCCUCAUCGCCCGGUUCCUGGAAGAUGGACCCUGUCAGCAGGCGGCUCAGGUGCUGAUCCGCGAGGUGGCCGAAAAAGAGCUGCUGCCUCGGCGCACCGACUGGACCGGGAAGGAGCAUCCCAGGACCUACCAGAAUCUGGUGAAGUAUUACAGACAUUUAGCACCUGAUCACUUGCUGCAAAUAUGUCAUCGAUUAGGACCUCUUCUUGAACAAGAAAUUCCACAAAGUGUUCCUGGAGUACAAACUUUAUUAGGAGCUGGAAGACAGUCCUUGCUACGCACAAACAAAAGCUGCAAGCAUGUUGUUUGGAAAGGAUCUGCUCUGGCAGCAUUGCAUUGUGGAAGACCACCCGAGUCACCAAUUAACUAUGGUAGCCCACCCAGCAUUGCGGAUACUUUGUUUUCAAGGAGGCUGAAUGGGAAAUACAGGCUUGAGCGACUUGUUCCAACUGCAGUGUAUCAGCACAUGAAAAUGCAUAAACGAAUUCUUGGACACUUGUCAUCUGUGUACUGUGUAACUUUUGAUAGAACUGGCAGACGGAUAUUCACUGGUUCUGAUGACUGUCUUGUGAAAAUCUGGGCAACAGAUGAUGGCAGGUUAUUAGCUACUUUAAGAGGACAUGCUGCUGAAAUAUCAGACAUGGCUGUAAACUAUGAGAAUACCAUGAUAGCAGCUGGAAGUUGUGAUAAAAUGAUCCGAGUCUGGUGUCUUCGAACAUGUGCACCUUUGGCUGUUCUUCAGGGCCACAGUGCAUCAAUAACGUCACUACAGUUCUCACCUUUGUGCAGUGGCUCAAAGAGAUACCUGUCUUCUACUGGGGCAGAUGGCACUAUUUGUUUUUGGCUGUGGGAUGCUGGAACUCUUAAAAUAAAUCCAAGACCUGCAAAAUUUACAGAGCGCCCUAGGCCUGGAGUUCAAAUGAUCUGUUCUUCUUUUAGUGCUGGUGGAAUGUUCUUGGCCACAGGAAGCACAGACCAUAUUAUUAGGGUUUAUUUUUUUGGUUCAGGUCAGCCAGAGAAAAUAUCAGAAUUGGAGUUUCAUACUGACAAAGUUGACAGUAUCCAGUUUUCCAACACUAGUAACAGGUUUGUAAGUGGGAGUCGUGAUGGGACAGCCCGUAUUUGGCAAUUUAAACGAAGAGAAUGGAAGAGCAUUUUAUUGGAUAUGACUACUCGUCCAACAGGUCAAAACCUUCAAGGAAUAGAAGAUAAAAUCACAAAGAUGAAAGUAACUAUGGUGGCAUGGGAUCGACAUGACAAUACAGUUAUAACUGCAGUUAAUAACAUGACUCUGAAAGUUUGGAAUUCUUACACCGGUCAACUAAUUCAUGUCCUGAUGGGUCAUGAAGAUGAGGUAUUUGUUCUUGAACCACACCCAUUUGAUCCAAGAGUUCUCUUUUCUGCUGGUCAUGAUGGAAACGUGAUAGUAUGGGAUCUGGCAAGAGGAGUCAAAAUUCGAUCUUAUUUCAAUAUGAUUGAAGGCCAAGGACAUGGUGCAGUAUUUGACUGCAAAUGCUCUCCUGAUGGUCAGCAUUUUGCAUGCACAGACUCUCAUGGACAUCUUUUAAUUUUUGGCUUUGGCUCCAGUAGCAAAUAUGACAAGAUAGCAGAUCAGAUGUUCUUUCAUAGUGAUUAUCGGCCCCUUAUUCGAGAUGCCAACAAUUUUGUGUUAGAUGAACAGACUCAGCAAGCACCUCAUCUCAUGCCUCCCCCUUUUUUGGUUGAUGUUGAUGGUAACCCUCAUCCAUCAAGAUAUCAAAGAUUAGUUCCUGGUCGUGAAAAUUGCAGGGAGGAGCAGCUCAUCCCUCAGAUGGGAGUAACUUCCUCAGGACUGAACCAAGUUUUAAGUCAGCAAGCAAAUCAGGAGAUAAGCCCACUGGACAGCAUGAUUCAAAGACUACAGCAGGAGCAAGACCUGAGACGUUCUGGUGAAGCAGGUAUCGGUAAUAGCAGCCGUUUAAGUAGAGGUUCUGUAAGCUCUACCUCAGAGGUUCAUUCACCACCAAAUGUGGGCCUAAGGCGGAGUGGACAAAUUGAAGGAGUACGGCAAAUGCACAGCAAUGCACCAAGAAGUGAAAUAGCCACAGAGCGGGAUCUUGUAGCUUGGAGCCGAAGGGUGGUAGUACCUGAGCUUUCAGCUGGUGUAGCUAGUAGGCAAGAAGAAUGGAGAACUGCAAAGGGAGAAGAAGAAAUAAAGAACUAUAGGUCAGAAGAGAAAAGAAAACAUUUCACUGCUCCAAAAGAGAAUAAAACACCCACUCUCUCAAAGAAUCAUGCUCAUGAGCAUUUACUGGAUCUUGGAGAAUCCAAAAAGCAGCAGGCAAAUCAACAUAGUUACCGUACAAGAUCUGCAUUGGAAGAGAUUCCUAGACCUUCAGAAGAGAUAGAAAAUGGCACUAGCUCUUCUGAUGAAGGUGAAGUUGUUGCUGUUAGCGGUGGAACUUCUGAAGAAGAAGAGAGAGCUUGGCACAGUGACGGCAGUUCUAGUGACUACUCCAGUGAUUAUUCUGACUGGACAGCAGAUGCAGGAAUUAAUCUGCAGCCACCAAAGAAAAUUCCUAAGCAUAAAACCAAGAAAGCAGAAAGCAGUUCAGAUGAAGAAGAAGAAUCUGAAAAACAGAAACAAAAACAAAUUAAAAAGGAAAGGAAAAAAGUAAAUGAAGAAAAAGAUGGACCAAUAUCACCAAAGAAAAAGAAGCCCAAAGAAAGAAAACAAAAGAGAUUGGCUGUUGGAGAACUAACAGAAAAUGGAUUGACAUUAGAAGAAUGGUUGCCUUCAACAUGGAUUACAGAUACUAUUCCCCGAAGAUGUCCAUUUGUACCACAGAUGGGUGAUGAGGUUUAUUAUUUCCGGCAAGGACAUGAAGCAUAUGUUGAAAUGGCCCGGAAAAAUAAAAUUUAUAGUAUCAAUCCAAAAAAACAGCCAUGGCAUAAAAUGGAACUACGGGAACAAGAACUGAUGAAAAUAGUUGGCAUAAAGUAUGAAGUGGGAUUACCUACCCUUUGCUGCCUUAAACUUGCUUUUCUGGAUCCUGAUACUGGUAAACUGACCGGCGGAUCAUUUACCAUGAAAUACCAUGAUAUGCCUGAUGUUAUAGAUUUCCUAGUCUUGAGACAACAGUUUGACGACGCAAAAUACAGGCGGUGGAAUAUAGGUGAUCGUUUCAGAUCAGUCAUAGAUGACGCCUGGUGGUUUGGAACAAUUGAAAGCCAGGAACCUCUUCAACAUGAGUACCCUGAUAGUUUGUUUCAGUGCUAUAAUGUUUGCUGGGAUAAUGGCGAUACAGAAAAGAUGAGUCCUUGGGAUAUGGAGCUUAUACCUAAUAAUGCUGUAUUUCCAGAAGAACUGGGUACUAGUGUUCCUUUAACUGAGGUCGAAUGCAGGUCAUUGAUCUAUAAACCACUUGAUGGAGAAUGGGGUUCCAAUCCCAGGGAUGAAGAAUGUGAAAGAAUUGUUGCAGGAAUAAACCAGUUGAUGACACUAGAUAUUGCUUCAGCAUUUGUGGCUCCUGUGGAUCUGCAAGCCUAUCCCAUGUAUUGCACUGUAGUGGCAUAUCCAACAGAUUUAAGUACAAUUAAACAAAGACUGGAAAAUAGGUUUUACAGGCGGGUUUCUUCCCUAAUGUGGGAAGUUCGAUAUAUAGAGCAUAAUACACGAACAUUUAAUGAGCCUGGAAGCCCUAUUGUAAAAUCUGCUAAGUUUGUGACUGAUCUUCUUCUACAUUUUAUAAAGGAUCAGACUUGCUAUAACAUAAUUCCACUCUACAAUUCAAUGAAGAAGAAAGUUUUGUCUGACUCUGAGGAAGAAGAGAAAGAUGCUGAUGUGCCAGGAACUUCUACUCGAAAAAGAAAGGACCAUCAGCCUAGAAGAAGAUUACGUAAUAGAGCUCAGUCUUAUGAUAUUCAAGCAUGGAAGAAACAAUGUCAAGAAUUGUUAAAUCUCAUAUUUCAAUGUGAAGAUUCUGAGCCUUUCCGCCAGCCGGUAGAUCUCCUUGAAUAUCCAGACUACAGAGACAUCAUUGACACUCCAAUGGAUUUUGCUACGGUUAGAGAAACUUUAGAGGCUGGAAAUUAUGAGUCACCAAUGGAGUUAUGUAAAGAUGUCAGACUUAUUUUUAGUAAUUCUAAAGCAUAUACACCAAGCAAAAGAUCAAGGAUUUAUAGCAUGAGUUUGCGCCUGUCUGCUUUCUUUGAAGAACACAUCAGUUCAGUUUUAUCAGAUUAUAAAUCUGCUCUUCGUUUUCAUAAAAGAAAUACAAUAACCAAAAGGAGGAAGAAAAGAAACAGAAGCAGCUCUAUUUCCAGUAGUGUUGCAUCAAGCCCUGAAAGGAAAAAAAGGGUUGUAAAACCCCAACUAAAGUCAGAUAUCUCUACCUCUCCAUUCUCUACACCUACACGAUUAAUACCACCAAGGCACAAUGCUGCUCAGAUAAAUGGUAAAACAGAAUCCAGCUCUGUAGUUCGAACCAGAAGCAACCGAGUGGUUGUAGAUCCAGUUACCACUGAGCAACCUUCUACUUCUUCAGCAGCAAAGACCUUUAUUUCGAAAGCUAAUACAUCUGCAGUGCCAGGGAAAACAACUCUAGAGAAUUCUCUGAAACAUUCCAAAACCUUGAAUGCUUUUUCAAGUCCUGGUCAAUCCAGUUAUAGUCAUGGUACUAAGAAUAACUCUGCAAAAGAAAACUUGGAAAAGGAAAAGCCAGUCAAACGUAAAAUGAAAUCAUCUGUACUCUCAAAGACAUCCACUCUUUCAAAGUCAUCAGCUGUCAUUGACCAAGAUUGUAAGAACAAUGCUCUUAUACCAGGAAGCAUUCAAGUAAAUGGCCAUGGAGGGCAGCCAUCUAAACUUGUGAAGAGGGGACCUGGAAGGAAACCUAAGGUAGAAGUUAAUACCAAUACUGGUGAACUUAUACACAAGAAAAGGGGUAGAAAGCCCAAAAAGCUACAGUAUGCAAAGCCAGAAAAUACAGAGCAAAAUAAUGUGCACCCUAUCAGAGAUGAAGUAGUUCCUUCUUCGACAUGCAAUUUUCUUCCUGAAACUAAUACUAUAAAGGAGGAUUUGUUACAGAAAAAGAGUCGUGGAGGCAGAAAACCCAAAAGGAAGAUAACACAAAAACUAGACUCAGAUCUCAUAGUUCCUGCAGGUGUUAAAAUGCUAAGAAGAAGUAACCGGAAAAAGACAGAUGAUCCUAUGGAUAAGGAUGAAGAGUUUGAGGAACUUAAAGGCUCUGAACCGCACAUGAGAACUAGAAACCAAGGUCGAAGGACAGCUUUCUAUAAUGAGGAUGACUCUGAAGAGGAGCAAAGGCAGCUGUUGUUUGAAGACACCUCUUUGACUUUUGGAACUUCUAGCAGAGGACGAGUCCGAAAGCUGACUGAAAAAGCAAAAGCUAAUUUAAUUGCCAGGUACAUUUCUAUUGAUACAGAAGUCCUGCCCCCUAGGAAGACAUGUUACUAGAGCAGCAGUAAAUUAAGAAAUAUGUGUUUCCUCUAAAGGUAAAUAUAAAAUUCCCACAAUUUGAUAACGCUAAAGAGUUUAAUUUUAAUUGUACAAUACUGAUCUACAAAGAAUCUAGAGGAGGCUUUUGCUGUAUUCCAUUUCUGCCAAAUGUAAGAGAAAAUAUACUGAUGAAAAGGAAACAUAUCCACAUUGGAAAACAUUUGACUGUCUAAUUUUUCAGACCUUGAUUCUUAUAUCAAUCACUCAAUCUCUGUUUAUUGUGCCAAAGACUGAGAAUCAGUGCAGUGGAAAGCCUGUUUUUGACUGUCAGGACAGCAUACACUUUUCAGUAUUGGAAAAGCUAUAUAUUAUUCUAAAGAGCAAGUUAUUAAAGAGUUAUGCUGAGAUGUAUCUUUUUUUGAUACUAAUAGUAGAAAGUAAUGCACUGGUGGGUCCUUUGACAGAGAUGUUUUAGAGAAAGUGUUUAAGUGGUUAAAGGAUUCAAGGAAAAUACAGGAAAAGGUAUGGGAUUUGAUGUUUACUUAUUGAUCUGGAUUAAUGUCAUUUCUAAACUUUAGAUAUAUCUAAUAGGCUAAAAUGACUUACAAAGAAAUGUGUCUGUGUGUGUAU